AUGACCUCCAUUGCAGACUUGGAAGUGCUACCCCCCGACUUCCAGCCUCCCCUUCCUCCGGAGGAUGAAUGGAAACCAAUUCCUGGAAAUACCAAUGAGGCUGCUCCUCCAUUGUCCUGUUCUGUAUGUGGAAUAAUUCCUGUCGUCCUGGGCAUCUUCAGCCUGCUGCUCUUGAUGCUGUGUGGUUUCUUUGGUUAUCAGUACUUUCAAAGUGUUCAGGCAUCAGAGAGCAAGAUGAAGAGUCUUAAUAAAUGGAUUGAUGAUUUCCAAAUCAAAGCAGAAAUAUUUCCUCAGGUCCAAAAUGUCGCCAACCAAAAUAAAGAAAUCUUAAAGAGGCUCCAAACCCAGAAUGCAGAUCUCAUCAAGGCUGUGCAAAAACUAAUGGCCAAAGAAGGACACAGGUGUGGAUGUCCUCCAAACCACUGGCUGCAGUAUAGAGACCACUGCUACUACCAAACUGUAGAGAUGGUUUCCUGGCUAGACUGCUCUGAUCUUUGCAUUUCUUUGAAUGCUACAUUUUUAGAGUCCAAAAGGAGCUCAUUGAUGAACAUCAUGGAACUGCUUUCAGGAAAUCACACCUGGAUUGGCCUAUCUUAUAAGCAGGAGGACAACCAGUGGAAGUGGGUGGACGGCUCCCCUCCUUUGCUUGACCUGGGUCUGCCAGAAUCAAGUGCCGACCUCCAGGGGCAGUGUGUCUAUCUGAAUAAGCAGGUAAUUGGUACUGAGGACUGCACCACACCCUCCUCAUGCCUGUGUGAGAAGUCUGCUUAUGCUGCGAACUCUGAAGGUUGCUAA